GAAAAUCCGAAUCCAAAAGCACAGAAAGCCCUAGAAAAUUGUUUUUGACACGUUUCUCGCUCAUGGUAAUUCAACUUGAAGCUUCAACGGCUCAAAAUAGUUCAUUGAAAGAAGAGGAGAUGGAGGUGGAUUUAGAAUUAUCGGUCGGAGGAAGUUUCAGAAACUUGGAGACAUCAAAGCCAAAAAUCGAUUCAAAGUUGGAACUCUGCAGUUGCUCAAGAUCUGAGGACGCGAAGGCGAAGCGCGAGAUUCAGGCUCUGCGGAGACAAGAAGCGAAGAAGAAGAGAGAAAAGAAGAAAGGCAUGAGGAAUGGAGGAGGAGUAGGAGAUGAGAGGAUGAGGUUGGAGGCGCAGCGGUUGCAGAACAGGGUAAAGGAUCGAGAGAGGAGAGAGAAUAAUGAGGCCAACUUAACGCACCAUAAAUCAUAUAUCAACCAUCGGAAUCAUGGUAUAGUUGAGGGUCCGAUUCAGAUGAUGGUGCCGAUAAAGUACGCACAUCCAUCCAAGGUGCAGUACGUUCCUUUAGCAUUUCCAUGUGUGGUGCCGUGUGGGGCUCCGGCUACAUGGCUUCAACCCGUGAAGUCGCUUCCGGUGCGUCAAGGGUGCGGUGGUCGGUCGGUAUUGUCGGAUGGGUGGACUAAUUCCUCUGCUAGUGUGUCUCACCAAGAUAGUGGCAGCAGUGAUAUUGGAAGCCUUUCAAGUCAUACCCGAACGGCACCACCUCAACGCAGCGAAGCACAGGGGCAAUCUGAGCACAGUGUUUCCUCCUACCAAAAGGACUCCUCCCAAGGUACCAGUUCUGACAAAUCAACAAGCUUUGGUGAGAAGGUCUCCACCCCAGUCAAAGAUCCCACAACCAGGCGCAACUCAUCAACUGGUGAAAGCCCACCUAGUCCUCUGAAGAAAGCCAGGGAUGGGAACGGUGACUUGGGCGAACCUCCCAGGCCUCGAAAUCAAAACCACCAUCCUUCUGCUCCUUCCCUCGAGCAAAUGCCAUGCGUCUCAACAACCGGAAACGGCCCAAAUGGGAAAACAAUUACUGGGUUUUUGUACAGAUACACGAAAGCAGAGAUCAGCAUAGUGUGUGUUUGCCAUGGGAGUUCCUUCUCACCAGCUGGGUUUGUGGAACAUGCUGGAGGAAUAGAUGUAUCACACCCCUUGAGACACAUUACAGUAAUUCCUUCUGCCUUUGCAUGAUCAACUAACUGAAGCUGUUAAUAAAAAAUGUGAACUUUCUUUCCGUUUGGCUCUUUGGUUAGUUGGAUUCCUUAAUUUUCAGCCAGUAUGGAGCUGCAAAGGUGGUCGAUUACUGCAACUUUUUCUUUCCACCA